CGCGUUCCUCAUUUCAUUCAUCUAAAUUUCGAUUUUUUCUUCAGUAUUCGAUCCAAAGAAGAAGAUGCCUCGCCUCUCUGACGACGAUUCAUCAUCAGAUAGCCAUGAAAAUGAUUCCAAUUCCAGUUCGGAAGAACUCGAAGUCCCGGCAAAUCGUGAAAGCAAACCGAGAAUAACCGAGUAUGAGAAACGAAGGCUGGAGAGGAUUGAAGAAAAUAAAUCGAGAAUCAAAGCUUUGGGUCUUCAAAAUAUAGCAUUUUCUCUUAUGGGUUCUUCUCGGAAGACAAAUGAGAAGGUUGAUAGAAAAGGGAAACGAAAGAUUGAUCAUGAAGAUGAAGAUUAUUUGCCACAUAAAGAAGAAGAAGAUAAGGGUUUGAGUGAAUCUAGUGAUGAAGAUGAUGAAGAGUUGUUGAACAAGUCUAAAAAGAUGAACAGGAAAGGUACAAAAUCAAAGAAGGGAAUUACUGCCAAGAACUUUAUCAUAAACAGUUCUGAUUAUGUUGAUGAUGAUGACAAAGAAUUACUGGAGGCCAUUGCUCUUUCAUUGCUUGAUCAACCUGUUACAGAUAGUAAUCGAAGUAAUGCAGAAACCAACCUGAAGGAGAAUCCAAGGAAGAAGAAACAAACAAUCUCUGGUAGAGCACAAAUGAAUGAUGAUGAGUUGAUUCUACACUUCUACCACUUUGAUGAAGCAGGGAAAGGGAGUAUAAAUGUAAGAGAUUUAAGAAGAUUAGCUAUUGCUCAUGAUUUUACUUGGACUGACAAGGAAAUGGCUGAUAUGAUCCAUUGUUUUGAUAGUAAUGGAGAUGGAAAGCUAAGCCUCGAUGAUUUCAGAAAGAUUGUUACUCGAUGCCGCCUGUUACAAGGGUCUGAUGUCUCCUCGGGUGUUGAUACGAAGGUAUGAUUUUCAUUCUAUUCAUGUAAAUUCAGAUGAAGAAAAAACAUAUUUUUACGGAUAAUCUUAGGAUGUUGUGUUUAAUCUUGUUACCUGUAUCUCGGUAUUUCUAUUUUGCAAUUGAAGAAUAACGUUUUGUUAA